AGCGCGGCGGUGAGGACUGCGCGGCCCAGCAGCGCGGCGCCCAGAGCGCGGGCCGCCCGCCGAGCCCCGCCGAGCCGAGCCCCCAGCGCCCGCAGCCAUGCCGGCCGGCCGCGCCGCGCGCACCUGUGCGCUGCUCGCCCUCUGCCUCCUGGGCGGCGCGGCCCAGGAUUUCGGGCCGACGCGCUUCAUCUGCACCUCGGUGCCCGUGGACGCCGACAUGUGCGCCGCGUCCGUGGCCGCCGGCGGCGCCGAGGAGCUCCGGAGCAACGUGCUGCAGCUCCGCGAGACCGUGCUGCAGCAGAAGGAGACCAUCCUGAGCCAGAAGGAGACCAUCCGCGAGCUGACCACCAAGCUGGGCCGCUGCGAGAGCCAGAGCACGCUGGACGCGGGCACCGGCGAGGCCCGGGCCGGCGGCGGCGGCGGCGGCGGCGGCGGCCGCAAGCAGCCGGGCUCGGGCAAGAACACCAUGGGCGACCUGUCCCGGACGCCGGCCGCCGAGACGCUCAGCCAACUCGGGCAAACUUUGCAGUCGCUCAAAACCCGCCUGGAGAACCUGGAGCAGUACAGCCGGCUCAAUUCCUCCAGCCAGACCAACAGCCUUAAGGAUCUGCUGCAGAGCAAGAUCGAUGACCUGGAGAGGCAGGUGCUGUCUCGGGUGAACACUCUGGAGGAGGGAAAGGGUGGCCCCAGGAACGACACGGAGGAGAGAGUCAAGAUCGAGAGCGCCCUGACCUCCCUGCACCAGCGGAUCAGCGAGCUGGAGAAAGGUCAGAAGGACAACCGUCCUGGAGACAAAUUCCAGCUCACAUUCCCACUGCGGACCAACUACAUGUACGCCAAGGUGAAGAAGAGCCUGCCGGAGAUGUAUGCCUUCACGGUGUGCAUGUGGCUUAAGUCCAGCGCCGCGCCCGGGGUGGGCACCCCCUUCUCCUAUGCCGUGCCUGGCCAGGCCAACGAGCUGGUUCUCAUUGAGUGGGGCAACAAUCCCAUGGAGAUCCUCAUCAACGACAAGGUGGCCAAGCUGCCCUUUGUAAUCAAUGAUGGCAAGUGGCAUCACAUCUGCGUCACCUGGACCACCCGGGACGGGGUCUGGGAAGCCUACCAGGACGGCACCCAGGGUGGCAAUGGCGAGAACCUGGCACCCUAUCACCCCAUCAAGCCCCAGGGUGUGCUGGUGCUGGGCCAGGAGCAGGACACCCUGGGUGGUGGGUUUGAUGCCACCCAGGCGUUCGUGGGUGAGCUGGCCCAUUUCAACAUCUGGGACCGCAAGCUGACCCCCGGGGAGGUAUAUAACCUCGCCACCUGCAGCACCAAGGCCCUCUCCGGCAACGUCAUCGCCUGGGCCGAGUCCCACAUCGAGAUCUACGGCGGGGCCACCAAGUGGACAUUCGAAGCCUGUCGCCAGAUCAACUGAGGCUCCUGGCGGCCGAGCCUCCCGCCCCUCGGGCCGAGCCGGCCCGCCUGCCUCCCCCCUGCUUGUGCGGUGGCGACCCGUCUUGUGUCUCCUUCUCUCCCUCUCCCCAGGAGCGACUCAGGCCCUCCCCCUCGCACGCGCUCGCACGCAGCCUGGUUUGUCCUUGUGCCCGGGAAGCAGGUCCGGCUGCCCCCCCGCCCCCCCCCGAGGAGCCCCGCUCCGGGCCUCAGGCCUGCUUGUGCUCCCGCGGGCGCGGUGUGGUUGUAGGUGAGAGAGCGUGUGUGUCUAUGGGUGUGUGCCUGUGGGGACGAGCGAGGUAUUCUGUGUGCUGCGGGGGGAAUCUCACGACUGGUCGGAAGACUCUAGUAGCUGCCCGCGGGCCCCCGUGGGUGGCCCGUGUGGCUUCUUCAACACACGCGCUUGUCUUUGUUUGCAAACCUUUUCCGGGGGCGCAGUUCUCCACCCGUAAAAUAAAUGUCUUCUGGCGGUUUGUUUGUUCGGGGCCGGGGCCCUCCCCUCAGAGAAUUUCUCUUUUGUCGUAGGAGUGGAUUCUCUCUUGCUCUCCGGGGGUGGGCAGAGGUGGGGGGGUGGCCCCGGGAACCGGGCACCCCCCCCACCCCCGGUGCCCGGCCAACAAGCUUGCAGUUGGCAUCCGAGGGCAGCGGUGCUGGGCCUGGGAAGCUGCUUUGCUGGCUCUGGCCCAGGACAGCGCCUCAGCCCCCAGUCUGCCCGCCUCCUUGCACCCUUCGAGGCUGGGAUCCGUCCCCCUCUUUUGGCUGCCGGCUGGUGCCCCUGAGAGAGGCGUGUCCCUCCCACGGUCCAGGAAGUCUUGGUUUCUGGCCGUGGGAGACCAGAGGCGUCUGUGGGUCAGUUCAACAGGGGACCUUUCAGACAGGCAAAUCCACAUCCCGAUUGAGACCCAGCCUGUUAGGACCCCUGCCCCUGGAAGCUGACCAGUCGAUGAGAAGGUCCCUCCUAAUUUUGACAGCCAUGUUCCUCCCCCCCCCCCCUCCCAGGCCCAGGUGAAACUGGCUCAGCGGGUCCUCCAAGGAGGCAGGGCCUCCAGAGGCCUCUCACGGGGAGCCAGACACAGACUCGCCAGCCAGCGUUGGGGCCUGGAAUCCAACCCCCCCCCCCCAACCUUCUUUCCAGGGCUCAGGUCCUGGAGCAGCCCCCAGCGUGUCACCGGCUGGUGACACUGAGACACGACCAGCGUCCAGACCUUUAACUUUAUUCUCCCCCGUGAAAAGCAACCAUACACAUUUCCUUCUAGUCCUUCGGAGGCGGGGAGAAAAUGUGUGUGUGUGUGUGUGUGUGUGUGUGUGUGUGUGUGUGUGUGUUGAGAGAGAGAGAGAAGAAGCACACUAAGACAGAUCAUACCCAAGGCGAGGUGAGCUCCCUGCUGGGUUCCAUCUGGGGGUCACACGCCUUGAGGGCACCCUGGAUUCUGUCACCAGGAGUCUAAUUAGCAAAAGGCUGGCGAGUCUUUCUAGAAAUUCUACCGCACUGCCUGGCUCAUCCACAGCUGCAGACAUUUCUUCCGGAGGCGCAGGUGUGCCUUCAGGGACACCUGUCUCCUUAAACGCAGGUCCGUGUUGUGUCGGGAACCGCGUGCGUCUGUGUGUGUCUGUGCUGGUGUCUCCGUGUUCGUGUCCCCGUGGUGUCGCCACAGCACCCGGUCGCCGUUCCGCAGCGCGUCGCUCUUGUUCGGAGGGUGCGGGCCAGGCGCCACGCCGCGUGUCGUGGCUCAACAGUGGCUUUCUCUGAGAAGCCUGCGCUUCGUCCCAGCCCGUCGGGUCGUGGCAUCUCUGGAUCUGCAGGGAUCUUCUCCGUUUGCAUGUUCCUUGGGGUGGCGUGUCCCUUGCUCCUUUAGUCUGAUGUGUGUCCCCUGCCUGCAUGGACUUCUGGUUCUGUGUUGUGUGCCCAGUGCCACCCAUUGUUCUGUGACCAUCCGUGUUAGCUACCGAAAACGGCCGGAUAAACAAGCCACGGGUGUCGGGGGAGGUCAAGGGAGGGAUCCGUUUCCCUCUCCCCGUCCCCACUCCCCAAACACACCAAGAAGUAUUUUUUAACAUGUAGGUUGACAAGGAGCCUAAACAGAGCCCAUGGUUGGGACAGAGCGAGAGCUUGGAAUCACCCCUCCAGACCAGAUUGGCCCCACCCCUCACUUCAGCCACCUCGGAGCCGUUGCUUAGGCACAGGCCCAGAGGGUGCUGGGUGCUCUCCUGUCAGCACCUCCCACCAGCCCCUGCCGAUUGGCCGGACCCCAGACCACCUUCUGCCCCCGCCGCGGGCGGGGUGGGAGCCGUCCGUUUAGGACCACAAGCCAUCCUCUGCCCUAACUAGAGACGGGCAGAGCAUACCCCUAGACGCUUAUGCCUACGUCCCUCUGGCCUCCUGACCCCGUUCACCUUCCUCGCCCUCCUCCCCUGAUGCACCCACGGUGCCAGGGACGGAGGCUGGCAUCUGGCUCCCUCCCCGCCCCCAGCCGGAACGCGUGCCAAGCCCCUUGACUCCCUCACUGUGUUAACACUUGGCACUUUGCUGGCCCCGAGAAAGGUCGAUUGACAGGCACAAAUGUAUCCCACGUAAUUUUCAUGUACUCCUUAAUCUGAUCGACGCUCCCUCUUGCACUGAAUAACCCACACCUAUCUCAGGUAAGCCAUUUUAUAAACUAGGAAGAAACCCAGCACUGCGGAGGCAGUGUCUGCUCUUCUGAGCUGGUGUCCCACAGAACCCCGGGCGUCCGGGGCCGGGGAGCCGCCGCCAGGGGCGCCCCGGGCCCUCGGGGCUUAGAUCCCACUUGAAUCGUAAGCCUUCCUGCUUUUGAUAACACAGUAUUAUUUCUCUUACUGUAGAAGAAAAAGUUUAUUACCAAACGAGUAUUUUUAUGAAAGAAAAGGACAAACCUAUAAAUUAACUCAACCUAUAUCUCCCUUGAAAACACUUUCAGGCUCCGCCAAAACGUAGGACUGAAAGCGUGUAUUUUGGAAGAAAGAGAUACAUUUUGUAUGCUUUCUUUUCCUUUUGUAGACUCCCAGUUUAUUUUCUAAGACUGCAAAGAUCACUUUGUCACCAGCCCUGGGACCUGAGACCAAGGGGGUGUCUUGUGGGCAGUGAAGGGGAGGGGAGAGGCUGGCGGGAGGCUCCAGACAGGGGCCACCUGUGCUCAAAGGCGUGUCGGGGGGACCGGGAUGGAAAUUGGCCGUUUACGGCAGAUGCUUUGCCGUGGAGCUGACUUGUUGACUCGAGGACCCGUCCCACUCGGGGUGGAGGCAGCUAGGGCCACGGACGUUAACGCAAAGAGGACAGUAUCCUUCGUGAUCUCGUGGCAACCAAAACAACGUGGCUGACACAGCCAUGGUUUCAUCUCUUAAAACACAGUGUGUAAAUUUAGUCACAACCGACGUUGGGAAGUGUAUCCCAUCCAUGCACAGUGGACUUAAGUGCAACUUGUUAAAAGGGAACAAGUCAUUGAGGAGGAAAAAAAAAAAAGCCCAAUACUUAGAGUCCCAAUUUUGUCUUACUUGCCAAAAAAAAAAAAAAAAAAAAAAAAAAACCCAAAAAGCAACCCCCC